GUACAACGAAAUGGGUAUUAUCCCUUAAUCUCAACAUACGAAGGCAAAUUAGUGAAUAUAUUUGACUUGGAAAAUAUUCAAAAUACUCAAAAUUAUAAAAUUUCAAGUGCUUUAUUAUCUCAAGACAAAAUUAUUAAGCAUGAAGACGACUAUAUUAUUGAAAGUAGUGAUGAAGAGCAAGACACAUAUGAAUCGGAAUUAGCUUACUUACAUGAAGUUUUAGACAAGACCAAAAAGUUGUUGGAAGAAUCUCGAAAUAAACCAAAAAGACACUUAUGGUUAAAAAAAAUUCGCCCAAAUUUUAAAUUACUAGAGAAAAUGAAUAGCGAUAUCUCAUCAUUAGAUAAUCGCAAGACAAUGCCAAAAACAUGGCAGGAUUUUAACAAUAAUACGAU